CCACAGUGAUUGAGUACCUCAAAACAUAUUCAUCAUUAUUUAUAUCAGUGUUAAUGUUUAUGACUGCUGACUAUUUUCUGUAUAAGCCAAACAUUAUAUUUUUGACUGUUUGUCCAUGUGUCUCCUAUUUUCUCAUGACUGGUUCACCCAGUUAUACGCAGCUGAGGCUGUCCUCAUGUGGUAUCGGAGCAAUAUAUAGUGCUAAUAUGAUAGCAUUAUGCUAUUUAUACGCAAAAAUCGAAAACGCAGAACAAUUUCAGAUGGCCACUGGUAUUGUUUCAGCAGCUAUACAACUUGGUAAAGUUGUUGGUGACUUCUCUGCACAAAUCAUAGUCUCUGCAACCGGAGGGAUUUAUACUCUCCUGCCAUACUGCAAUGUGUUCAGUUUGUUGUUAGCUUCAACUUGGGCUUGUCUAAUUCCAUCGGUCGAACAGAAUAAUGAUUGGCUAAUUUCAAAAGGGUUUUGUGAAGAUUCGCCACUUCUUAAAUGCGGCGUAGAGAGCAAAAUGAAACAUUUUGAAAAAAAUCAAAUUAUAAUCCAGACCAAUAAAGAAUGCAAAACAGUGAUAUUUUUUUUAAAAGAAAUAUUGAUGAAAUUCAAAAAUUCAUAUUCCAAUCCGGUUGUACUAAAAAAAAGUUUAUGGUAUAUAAUGGGUAUGGCAGCGUACACUCUGGUUUUAUCCAAUAUAAACGUUUUGUACUCUUACGUGAUCAGAAAACCAGGGAAUCACGAUGCCUUGUCAAAUGGACUAGCCGAGGCAAUGGUUAYGUUAGGUGGUGCUGCAAGUUCGUACCUAAUCGGAAAAGUACAAUGUGAUUGGGCGCGCUAUGGUGAUAUGUUCACGGCAUUUUGCUCUAUUGUCAUGGGAGUGCUAAUAAUGUCAUGUUACUUUUAUGAUAGACUGAUUUUUAUAUAUUUGGCUUACAUAUUAUUUGGUUUAAUAUGUCAAAUGCAUUUCGUCGUAAUCUACACUGAAAUUGCAAAAGAGCUAAAGAGGCAGUGUUAUUCUGUAGUAAUAGAAUUUAAUUAUUUUGGAUCUUUGGCGUUGGUCACUAUUUUCACAUUAUUUUUGAUUCAAUAUAAUUUCAUGAACAUAACUAUUCCUGGGAGGUUUUUGUUCUUUGGCGGCAUAUAUUUUAUACUAGGUGUCAUAUUCAUAGUUAUUUGUUUACUCGAUAAUCGAUAUUAGAAAAAAUAAAACAUUAUACCGGCUAUGAUAAAAAAUAGUUUUAUUUUAUUAUUGGUCAAGGCUGCCCUAGAAGUUCUAACUAAUAAACCAACCGGUUUUCAAUAAAACGUGGGUUUUAUUCAUAUGUACGUAAGUACUUAGUGUUCAAUUAGGUACUAAAAUAUAC